GGCAAUCGCGUCUUUACAACUCCACUCCACCUCUCGCGGCGCAGAGAGUAGGCACCGGCAACAAUGGAUGUCAGUCAGCUGGGCUCUGGUGCGGCCUCGGUCAAGGCGCCAGGACAUCAAGUUGUCAACCUCAUUGACAGCGACGACGAUUCUGACCUCGCCGACGCGCUGCUCAUAGCGCAACGUGGCAGUGGCGUCAAUGUCCCGGGCCUGGAGGUCCUCGAUGCCUCUGGAGAGUCAGGUGAGGAAGACGGCUCAAACGACGACUGGGACGACGAGGUCGAGUCUCUCUUUGAAGAUACGUUAGAGGAGCUGGGCGACGAAAGUCUGUUCGACAGAGCGCACCCAGACUCUUGCUCCCUCGAGGAAGCAGUCGCUUUUCGACAGCAACUUCGGACUAUCGGUCCUGAGGAGUUUUGCAGGAGAACAGUUGAGGCAGGUACAAUUACGGCCAAGAAGCUGCUCACUGCUUUCGGACUUCGCCCACCCCCUUUUCUCGACGGUUCACCUGACGAUGCCUACUAUGGUCUUCUGAGUCUGGCAAUCAGCCGUGAACUCUCUAAGAGAAUUAAGCUGCCACAGUACAACUCUAUUGAUGAUGCUGUCGAGCUUAUUAAAAAGUCCAAAAACAUCAUUGUCCUCACCGGGGCUGGAAUAUCUACCUCGCUUGGCAUCCCCGACUUCAGAUCCAAGGAUACCGGUCUCUACUCCAAGCUGGCCCAUCUCGGACUCAACGACCCUCAAGAAGUCUUCGAUAUCCGCAUUUUCAAAGAGGAUCCAAGCAUAUUCUACUCCGUUGCACGGGAUAUUCUACCUUCGACGGACCGAUUCACUCCCACUCACGCUUUCAUUCACCUCCUACAACAGAAGGGGAAGCUCCUUACAAACUACUCUCAAAACAUCGACAACAUCGAAGCCAUUGCUGGUAUCCUUCCAGAAAAGCUAAUCCAAUGCCACGGCUCCUUCGCCACCGCAUCAUGCGUCGAAUGCCAGUACCAAGUCAACGGCGAGCUCAUCUUCCCCGACAUCAAAGCCGGACGCAUCCCCAAGUGCGAUCAAUGCAUUGCCAAACUCCGUGCUCCAGCCGCAAUGAAGCGAAAGCGCUCCCAAAAUGGCUCAGAGAAGAAGCGUCGUCGCUUCGACACCAACGAUGACAGCUCAGAAGAAGAAGAUUACGACGACAGCCCCAGGGUCGGCGUCAUGAAGCCAGAUAUCACGUUCUUCGGCGAAGCACUGCCAGACCGCUUCUCCGAGCGUCUGACAAACCAUGAUAAGAACUUGGUUGAUCUAGUCAUCGUGAUCGGUACUUCGUUGAAGGUUGCACCUGUCUCAGAAGUCGUGCCGUACCUGCCAGCGCAUAUCCCGCAGAUGUACAUCUCCCGCACGCCGGUCUCCCAUGUCAAUUUCGACGUCGACAUGCUGGGCGAUUGCGACGUGGUUGUGGCGGAGCUGUGUCGUCGUGCUGGAUGGGAUCUCGCGCAUGAGAUGGUGCCUGAGGACCAGAAAGUGGAGAUCAAGUUGCAGGACGGCUUUACGAGCAGACACUUGUUUUCUGCUAUCAAGAACUGAGGGCGGGGAUCAGAUCAAAUCAUUUCAAACGAAUGAUGCUCGGCGAAGGAUGGAGUUUCUUAUGUAAAGGGUUUGAUGCGCUGGACUUGGACUGGGCGGGACAGAUGGAUACAUGUUUUGGCGUUCAGUGAGCGUUGUUCAAAGCAUGACUAGACCGAGCCGAUCGAUUCGAUUCCUUCAUCUAGGCAUUUUCGUUGUGUGUACAAUCUUCCCACGUUGGUUCUUCUCUUUAAUUGGCAUUGCGUUUCCUUUGUUUCCUCUCACAUCAGCGAGUUUAGAGCAGAUGUCGAGGGUCAUUAGUUGCCUGGUAAUCACUAGCAUACACUACUUAAAUCACGGGCUGAAGAGAAGCUCCCAUUCCCGACAACGAUAAU